GUGCGAGGUUUGAGCUGCAUCACGCAGGUCUGAUCAUACAUACUCCGGCGUGUUGCAUCUACGCUUUUAUCAGGGAUUGCGACCAGUCAUGGCUGAUGAAGGAUAUGUAGUGCGAAUUAGGGGUCUCCCUUGGUCCUGUUCAGUGGACGAAGUACAGAGGUUUUUCUCAGACUGCAAAAUCGUCAACAAUGGAGGCGGCAUCCACUUCACCUACACAAGAGAGGGACGUCCCAGCGGAGAGGCGUUUGUCGAAUUGGAGACAGAAGAAGACCUGAAGAUUGCCGUGAAGAAGGACAGAGAAACUAUGGGUCACAGAUACGUCGAGGUCUUUAAAUCCAACAACGUCGAGAUGGACUGGGUCAUGAAGCACACAGGCCCAAACUGUCCAGAGACGGCAGGAGAUGGGCUUGUGCGGCUCCGAGGCCUUCCCUUUGGCUGCAGCAAGGAGGAAAUCGUCCAGUUUUUCUCAGGGUUGGAAAUCGUGCCAAAUGGGAUAACAUUGCCGGUGGACAUCCAGGGGAGGAGUACGGGGGAGGCCUUCGUGCAGUUUGCUUCACAGGAUAUAGCUGAAAAGGCUCUAAAGAAACACAAGGAAAGAAUAGGGCACAGGUACAUUGAGAUCUUCAAGAGUAGCCGCGCUGAGGUGCGGACCCAUUAUGAACCCCAACGGAAGCCUAUGGGCAUGCAGAGACCUGGCCCCUAUGACCGGCCCUCUGGUGGUCGCGGCUACAACAUGAUGGGCCGAGGUGGAUCCUAUGACCGAAUGCGUCGAGGGGGCUACGGAGGAGGUGUAUCGGACGGACGGUACGGCGACGGCGGCUCUUCCUUCCAGAGUACAACAGGCCACUGUGUCCACAUGAGAGGCCUGCCAUACAGAGCCACAGAGACAGACAUCUACAAUUUCUUCUCACCGUUGAAUCCAGUGCGAGUCCACAUUGAGAUCGGCCCAGAUGGCAGAGUAACCGGGGAGGCAGAUGUAGAGUUUGCGACACACGAAGAUGCCGUGGCAGCCAUGUCCAAAGACAAAGCGAACAUGCAGCACCGCUAUGUGGAGCUGUUCUUGAACUCAACAGCAGGUGGCAGUAAUGGAGCCUAUGGCAGCCAGAUGAUGGGUGGCAUGGGUAACCAAUCAUCCUACAGCGGUGGCCAGCUGAGCUCGGGGUACUCUAGUGGAUACAGCAGCCAAGGAAAUAUGGGUGGCUACAGUGACUAUAGUAACCAGGGCGGAAUAAACAGCAGUUACUACGGCGGCGGUGGAGGAGGAGGAAGCAGAGGCUCAAUGAAUGGACUGGGAGGGGGAUGGGGAAUGUAGAUUUUUUUUUUUUCUCCCCCCUUUAAUUUCAUGUGUUUUUUAUUGCAGCAUUUUGCUGAAAGGACUGGAACUGUAAGUCUCACCUCGUAAACAUAGGAUAGGGUCAGGUGAGGUUGUUUUGAAAAUACUGAGGGGUAGGGUUUGUAUUUUUUUUAAGUGGAUGAUCUUCAGAGAGAAGCGAAAUCAUCUGUUGUCACACGAAAUAUGUCAGAAGUGCUGUUCAUCUUCCCCCAUUCCUCCUUACAGAAACCACGCUUUACAUUGUCAUUACCUGGAAGUGUGCUGUUUUGUGUUUCCGUUCUCCAAACACUCGCCUGUUUCUCAAGGUUAGCUCAUCCUGUGCUGGUGGAUUUAACAUGUUUCACUGUCUGAGUGCAUGAACAAGAAAACUGAAAAUGUCUGGUAUCUUCUGAUGUUUAGACCUUAUUUCAUCUUCUACAUAGUGUUUAGCCUUUCUUUUUUUUCCUCCCUCCUUUCUUUCCAGUUCAUGUUUAUUUGAAUUUGAGACUUCACAUGGUCAGCGCAUGUUUUGUUUUCUUAAGGUGUGACUGUUGAUAGGGGUAGUUUUUCUGAAUGAGGGCUAUAUCAAAAGGCAAGUGAAUUUCAAAUCUGCUACCAUGAAGGUUUCUACUGCUUCAAAUGCUAUUUGUAUUUCCUGUGCACAAAGUGAAUAAACUAGUCUGGAAUAUUCAA